GAAGAGAGACAGUUGGACCCUUCUACUCGUACCCUAUCAAUCAAUCAAUCGUAUUUAUUGAGCGCUUACUGUGUGCAGAGCACUGGACUAAGCGCUUGGGAAGUGCCCUAUGCUUGCUACCACUUGUCUUGCUCAGAUCUGUUUACUUUUUCUUGCCGAUUUCCCCCUUUCCCUCGAUUCUAGAAUACCAUUAUGUGAUCACUCCCACCGAGGCAUCUGUUCGCCUCUAGAUCACUGAUUUAUUGUUAAUAAAGUCCAAUCAAGAAGGGCAGCCGCUCAGCUGUUUCCUAGGAGACGGUCCCCAACGCCCUGUGCCAUCACAAUCCCAAAUGACGAGGCCAAACAAUGGACCGCCGGAAAGCAACGGCAGCAAGAUGGACUUGCCUUGUGAGCGGCCCACGGGAGAGGGAGGCUUGCCCCGAACGUACCAUCUGGGAAGAUUGAUACUCGGAAGAAGAAUUGGAAACUGAGUCAGCUACAACACCAGCUCAGCGAGGAACCAUCUGUGGGCAUAGUGUGGAAAAGACUUUUGGACGUUUAUCAGAUGAACCGCGGCAGAAGGUCCCAGGAAUCACCCGAACCCUGCGGAGAUGUGGAUGGUGGCAACAAGUCCUGACCCAGGUUUGUGCAUCAGGCAGCUCUUCGGGAACAACCAGUCCCGCUUCGCCAGGUUUGCGAGGAAAAAUGUGGCCAAUAUCCUGUCGCUUGCUAAUAUGAUCACGGGCCUCUCCUCCAUCUUCUUCAGCUUCAAUGGAAAAUGCCAGGGGGCCUGUUGGCUGCUCCUGCUUGGCUUCCUGCUGGAUCUGGCCGACGGGGCCGUGGCUCGGCAGCUCAACACCUGUUCCACCCUGGGAGCCAAAAUGGAUGACUUUGCGGACUUUACCACCUUCGGCGUCGCCACGGCCCUCCUCUUUCAGGUGGACGGGCUCCUCAGCGGGCUUCUGGCCGCCUCCUACGUCCUGGCCGUGUUUCUCCGCCUCUGUUUCUAUUCAACUGGAAUUCCCUUCACCUACCGGGGACUGCCCUGCCCCUACGCCGGCUCCUUCUUGGCCUCCAUCUCCCUCCUGACGGGCAGCAACGCGGUCAUCUUACGCAGCCUGGCCCUGCUCAUGAUGCUCUUCAUGGUCGACCAGAGUUAUUACCCCCACGAUAAGGUCCUGGAGUCACAGAGGUGGAAGAAAGCGGUCUUUGCAGGGGGGCUUUUCAUGCUGAUCUGGUCUUCCUUGGACGCGGCUUCCUUCUAUUUCCUGACCUGGGCCACUUCCUACAUCAUCUUCCCGACAGCUCUGUGGGGUAGGACUGCUUAAAGGAGGAUCCGGGAUUAGGGUGGCUGGACGGCCCCGGGCGGAACCGCAACACGCCCGACCCUCACUAGAUCUCUGGCCGUCGCCCCGCUCCAAUCAAUCAAAUACGAUUGAUGAUGACGAGCGGCCUUCGGGUUGUUCCCGUAAUCGUGAAUCCGAGCAGCCCACGGGUCGGGAAUAGCGGCUAUUCCCGUUACCGUCCGCAGGCCUUCUGCGUGCCCGUCCUUCAGGCCACCCUCUCGAAAGCAAUAAAGAACCGUGCUGGCA